UGAUGAUGAUGUUAUAUAUUUCUCAACAAUGUCAAAACAAGCAUCCAGUGCAAAGCUUCGACGUCUGGUGGAAAAACUCUAUGGAUGGACAUUUGGUGAGAUUAUUGCUCCUAAUUUUUUUAUUGCUCCCUACCAGGAUUUAAUUGGGAAAGUGGAAACCUUUGUCGAAUCUUAUGGAUCGUACAACAUCGACGAUUUACAAUUUAGGGCCAUACAAGCCAAAGUGGAAAAAUUGUUAAAUUCAAGUGAUAUUUCAUCCGAAGAUAAAGACUCGUUGGAAUCUUAUUACAAUCGGGGGAAUUGUCUUCUUUCGAAUUUACCAAAGUUGAAACAUAGGCGACAAUUCGACAAACAUCAUCCGGUGAUUAAAUCUUUAUCGGCAAUGAAAAGGGGAGAAAUUAAGACGGUAAUAUGUUGUGAACAAAUUUUUUCAAGUUAUUCGUCCAUGUAUCUACAUGUGAAAUCAGUUCAUUCUGAACUUUAUGUUGAUGAAAAUCGAGACCAAGACCAAGACCAUCCGGCGGUGGAUGUUGAACCAUCUACUUCAGCCUUUGACAUGGAAAUUUUGAAUGAAGAAGAGCCUUCGCUUCAUUCUGUCGAGCCCCAAGUUAAAGAACCCGAAUCUUUAAUGCUUUUUGAUCCCAUCGAUGAUGAAGAAGAUGAAGAUUCUGAUGUCCUCAUUAUCGAUGAAGGAGAACCUGAAUUUGAUCCCGAACAUGAACCUGAAUUUGAUUCUGAAUUCGAACCUGAAGUAGAACCAGAAGAAGAACCUGGAGAUGAUGUUCAUUUUAUAAGCAGUGACCGCGUCGACUGCGACUUUUUGAACACGGUAAGGAAUAAGUUGUCAGAUUCGGAUUACGCGAUAUUCGAUUCUUGGUGCCAGAAGUUCAUUGAGAGUCGAGUCUUGUUUAACGCUACUAUUCCUGGAUUACAUAAUUCGAUUCCAACUUAUGCUUCAACGUUAAGUAAUCCUGAUCUUCGGUAUUAUUUAACACGGAUGGCGGAUUCUUCUUUUCUUCAAGAAAAGUUUGCUAUGAUGGAUGCCAGGUAUAUCCAGCCUAAGGCUUUCUAUUUGGAUAAUGGUAAGUCUUAUUAUUAUAUUCCGAUUAGGGAAAUUCUAACUAAAUAUGUCCUGAAUGAUGAUUUAGUUCAUAUCAUCAGACAAGAGAAUACCGAUAACGUAAGUCCUUACGUUCGAAACAAUGGGUUUCAUGGUAAACUCCGUUUGAUGAUUUAUGGCGAUGAAUUCGGGAUAUGUAAUCCGCUUAGGGAAUCAUCAAGAAAGUACAAAGUGUAUGUACUUUAUCUUGAUAUCAAUAACAGGAAGUUCACUUCCAAGAAAAGGGAUGUUCAUCUUCUGAUGAUUUGGUGUCCAAACGACUUGAAAACUUCAAGUCAAUCACUUUUGGACAUCAUGAGUCCCUUAUCGGGUGACCUUCUGAAAUUGAUUAGGGAAGGUAUCAUGUAUGAUUUGAAUGGUCAAAGCAUACAGGUACCAGUUUGUUUAUCCCACAUUCUCGGCGAUAAUCUAUCUGUCGCAGAAUUGCUAGGACUUCGUCGAUCGUUUGGACCUGCCUUCGCCUGCCGGCAUUGUGGGAUACAACGUUCGCAAUUGUCCUCGCUUGAUGAUAAUAAAAUUCCUUUUGAUACGAUCCAUAGAUCUUAUGGAUCGUAUCAAAAGGAGUUGAACUUGGUCCUUUCCAACAAGCAAUACAUUAGUCCUUUUGGAAUUACUUGUCGACCAGCUUUCGACAAAUUAGGUAUAAAUGUUUAUCAGAUUGCUCCAGCUGAUAUUUUUCAUGAUCUAGCUGAGGGCGUUGUUCCUUUAGUUAUUGGUAAAUCUUUUGAGAUUCUCAAGGCCAAAUUAGGGUUAGAUAGGGUUAGGAGUAGGUUUAGUUCAUUUAAAAUUUGGGUAAAUGGCAAAAUAGGUAUUAAUUUUCAAGAUAGGUUAAUUAAAAUUCGAGGUAAGGGUUGGCAAAGAAUUGAGUUAGCGGUCCGCCUAGUGGAACUAUUUCCUGAAAUGACGGAAAAUCCAUCGGAUUACGCUAUUUACUUUCAUCUUAGGAAAGUAAUAUUCUUUGUUUUCUCGCCUUCCGCGCCAUGCAUUAGCGAAUUAAGGUCAGCAGUUAGGGAAUUUAUUCGUUUGUGCCAUGAAAUGAGACUGAAUACCCCUAAAGUCCAUUUCAUCAGUCAUUAUCCUGAAUUGACUGAAUUCUAUGGCACGCUAUCGCGUUUUAGCACAGAUAAGUAUGAGCGCUUUCAUUCUUAUCUCAAAAAAUUAUUAUGCACUUCGAAAAAUUUUUUGAAUGUGCCUUGUUCGCUUUCUAAGCGAAAUCAAAUGGCACAGCCAUUUUUGUGGAAUCGCGAUCAAAGUGUUCCUGUUGAAGGUACUUUGUCGUCGCUUGAUUUUCCGUUUCCAUUGGGCCGUAGAAUUCUACGAAUUUUAUUGACCGACGAUAAUUCUUUUAUCGAAGCUCGCCAAUUUGUCGUUCGAAAUUCGGAAACUUUUGUUAGGGGGAGAUUGUGGACUGUUACUGACCGUAACAGCGAAAUAAAUGUCCACAAGGUAAAUUUAAGUUCGGAUUCUUGCGAACAACCUUUAUCAGGUUUAUCUCACUUGAAUUCUUACUUAUUCAAGUACCAGGGACUCUAUUUCGUCAACUAUUCGAUGAUGAAAUAGUUUUGACUUUGGUUUUCGGUUGUUGAUCCAUCUUUUCUCCACCUGGUUUUCGGUUUUGUUGGUUUCUAUCUUUCUUCUGGCUUCAUCGUUUUCGGUUUUGUUGGGUUCUAUCUUCUGGCUCCAUCGUUUUCGGUU